CGCAGCAGACGAAGAAGAAGAAAGGAAGUGACGUAAUGAGGAAGUAAUGUAGCCUGUGUCCGUCGGAGCGACGUUGAAAUAUUAAAACUCUUUUUGUUUGCACGUUUAAACACAUGGCUUGUUUCUUUAGAAGACACGUUGCAGCAAAGCUGGGCAGGACGCUGCAGCACUCUGAGGAUGGCAUCAUGUCAGCUCUGUCAGCAGCUACAGUUUCAAAGAAACAGCACGCUGCAGAUUUCAUACUGUCAAUGAAGAUGCUACAGAAAAGUGGAAUUUUACCAGCCAGUUCUGAUCUGCAGCUGCAGACAGAAACCUUAGCAAGUGAGCUGAAGCUGGACAGUGUCAUAGAAAACAUUUUUGCUGGACAUGGUUUGAUCAUCUUCAGAGUGGAUCGCAAACUUCUUGUACAGAAAAUGUUGGAGCCAUUUGGAAAGGGGGAAGAUGAGAAAUUUGGUUUAAAUAGUGAACUUUUUAAUACCCUCAAGAGAGGAACAACAUUGGUGGAAUAUAGCUCUCCAAAUAUUGCCAAAAAAUUCCAUGCUGGACACUUACGAUCUACAAUUAUUGGAAACUUCAUUGCUAACCUUAAACAGACACUCGGACACAAUGUCAUUCGAAUGAACUACCUUGGAGACUGGGGUCUGCAGUUUGGUUUGCUGGGAGUUGGUUUUGGGCUGUUUGGAAGUCAAGAGAAAUUGCAGAAGAAUCCCUUGCAGCAUUUGUUUGAAGUUUAUGUACAAGUGAACCAGGAAGCAGAGCGAGAUGAAAAAAUACACAAUGCUGCCAGAGACUUCUUUAAACAACUGGAACAACACGACACAAAAGCUAUGUCGUUAUGGCAACAGUUCAGAGACAUCACAGUGAAGGAAUAUCAACAAGUGUACAAGCGACUGGGAAUACAGUUUGACAUUUACUCUGGAGAGUCCUUUCACCAAGAACAAGCCCAGGAAGCAGUGCGGCAAUUGCAAACCCAAGGCCUGUUGAAGAAGACUGAGAGAGGGACUGGUGUAGUGGAUCUGUCUUCUGCUGGAGACAUGAGCAGCCUGUGUGCAGUGCUCCGCAGUGAUGGCACAAGUCUGUACAUCACCAGAGACAUUGCUGCAGCCAUUGAUCGGAAAGAAAAAUACAAUUUUGAUGAGAUGAUUUAUGUGACGGAUAAAAGUCAAGCAAACCACUUUCACCAGUUGUUCCAAAUCCUGAUUGCUAUGGGGCAUUCUUGGGCUGACAGGUGCCAGCAUGUGCCCUUUGGCCUGGUGCAGGGUAUGAAAACCAGGACUGGGGACGUAGUGUUUUUGGAGGAUGUCCUUGAUGAGACUCGAGCCAGAAUGCUGCACAACAUGAGCCAGACAAAAACAACAAAGAAAAUGGACAAUCCAGAGGAAACUGCAGAGAAAGUGGGAAUCAGCGCAUUAAUAGUUCAGGACUUCAAAGGUCCGCUGCUGUCGGACUACAAGUUUGACUGGACCAGAAUGCUGCAGGCUAAAGGAGACACGGGUGUCUUCCUACAGUACACACACUCACGACUUUGCAGCUUAUUACGAAUGAAUGGAGGAAUAGACACACUGACUUUUGAUCCAUCACUUCUUCUUGAUCAGACGAGCAUCUCCAUCCUGCAGCACCUCCUUCACUAUGACGAGGUGCUGUACCAGUCGGCACAAGAUCUGCAACCUAAACAUCUCAUCACCUUUUUGAUCAAGCUGUGCCACUUGAUUGCUUCAGCACACAGAGAGCUGCCAGUUAAAGGAAGUCCUCAGGAUGUUGCACAGGCAAGGUUACGGUUGUUUCACGGAGCCCGCUCAGUCCUGGCCAAAGGGAUGAGGAUUCUGGGCAUCACACCAGUGGAUAAGAUGUGAAACUAGUCACGAGGUUUUUCACUGAAUGUCAUUUUGUUUAUGCUGCACUGAGUUAAUUUAACAGAGCGUUAAUUAAGAACAGCUCUUCCGGCUGUGUUCAGUUGGCAUCUUGAUUCAGGAACCAACAGGUUGUUUUCACUUAAUUAUUAAAGAAUUGAUGUUUGUAUGACAGAAGACUGGACUAGACUAUAACCAGUUUUUAUUUUUUUUUUAAUAUUGUAACAAUUCAGGUGAAACCUGCACUCAGGCCGCUCCUUGGCAAUAUGUUGUUUUUGUAUGUUGUACAGUAUUGUGCAAAGAUUUGAGGCAAACUGAAUGUACCUAAAACAUCUAGAAAUAACAUUUUCAGGUGGUCUGCGGUUCAUAAGAUGAUGCUGUAUUUGAUUACUUUUCUAGUUAUUUUGACUGUUCUAUUUUAUUACCAUCUGUAUUAUGCACUGUGCAAUACAUUUUACACUAACUAUUUUGUUAAAGUUUAUUUUGUUUUAUUCAAAGGUUUAAGUGCAUAAUGAUUGGUUUCCUCAUUUUAUUCUUGUUCCAACAGGAAUGUUUAGAUUUGUUAUUUUUUGUUUGACUGAAUAAAAAACAAACCACAAAUCUAUAUUAAGUAUUUCAAAGUAAAACUGAGAAAUGUCAAAGCUUUUUGCAUAGUACUGCAGUUUAUUGCUCGUACUCUGACAAUUACAUUCAAUGUAAUUCAGAAACUGCAGCCAUUUUUAUAUUCUGUUCAGGCUUAAUAAAAGCUUUCAAAGUGUU